CACUGGGUGUUAGAAUCAGGCCUAUCCAAUAGUGACAAUAACAACCACAAGAACAAUACGAGGUUCUCUCUCUGAAUCUCCUUGAUUCUGAGGACAGGCAGGGAGAAUGUGGAGAGUGAGAAGAUAACGUGUUAAUUCAGUUAUGUUUUGUUUUCUCCAUUUGUCAUAGAAUAGUGAGAUUUUGAAUAAUGAGAUACUAGACCCAUCUCAUUCAUCUAAAACGUUUACCCAAACCUAUUAAUAACAACACAAGCAUCCUUCAUUGUCCCAGUGUCUGUUUGGCACCUGACUUCUGAGAGGGAGAGCUUGGGUAGUUCAGACAGUAAAAGAUACCAGGUUAUAUGGAGGUUUUUUGGUUUUGCAUUUUACACAGUGAGCGGGGAGGUGAGGGACAAUGGCCCCAACUAAAAAAUAUAUUCAAAUCGAUUCAUUUCCCUGAGCUCCAGUGGCAAGAGUUGGGAUAGUAAGAAUACCGUGUUGUGUGAAUAUAUUUGGUUCCUGCAUCUUGCCUCGUAAGGAAAGCUCAGAGAGUAGAGGGUGCCAGCUCUAUCUCAAAAGUGCAUCCAGAUCCAUUCAGCUCUUGUAUAUGGAUAGUGAGUGUUCAGAGAAUUGAUCUGAAGAUGUUUGGUUCCUGCAUUUUUGAUGUUGAGUAGGGAGAAGUCAGAUAAUGAGGGAAAACAACUCUGUUUCAAAUAUACCUGGAUUGAUAGGGAGGGUUCCAUGUCUGGGUAGCAGGUAGGGAGGGUUUGGAGGCUGAGGGAUACGAGCUCUGUCUCACCAGUGCAUCUGAAUACAUUUAGUUCUUGAUUUUGGAUAGUGAGAAUUUGGACACGUUUAUUUGACGAACAACAGCUCUGCUUCAAAUUUAUCAGGUACAGCACAGGGAUACCAGCUUGGUCUCAAAAAAAUAUGCACACACACACAUUUGAUUGCUGAGUUUGGAUUGAGAGGAAUAGUUGUAAUUAUGACAGGGCACCUGAGUGACUUAGUCGAUUAGGCAUCAGACGUUGGCUCAGGUCAUGAUCUCAUGGUUCUUGGGUUCGAGUCCCCUGUUGGGCUCUGUGCUGACAGCUCCGAGCCUGGAGCCUGCUUCAGAUUCUGUGUCUCUCUCUGCCCCUUUCCUGCGCGUGCUCUCUCCCUCUCUCUCUCUCAAGAAUAAAUAAACAUUGAAAAAAAUUUAAUUGUGACAGCCAACACACAUCAAACACUUACCAAGGGCCAGUUACUGUCCUAAGCAAGUUUUAAGUGUAUUAAUUCAAGUCAUGCUCACAACAAUCCUGUGAAGUCCAUACUGUUGUUAUGAUCCCCAUUUUACACAUGAGGACAUUGAGGCACAGAGAGGAUAAGUGCCUUGUCCAAGCAGUCACACAGACAUAAGUGGCAGAGCAGGGUUGAAUCCCAGAGUUACCACUUGCUACCCCUACAUGAGGCCACAUGAGGUUCAGGUCCUGAUUGGGGUAGGGCCUAGAGGUUGGCCAUCUUCCAGGCUGUUAGAAGUCGUGGACCAGGGCAACGAUGUGUGCGGGUGAUUCUGCCCCGCCUGUCUGCCUGGCCCAAGAGGCCCAGUUACCUGCUUUCCCCUCCUUACUCCUGCACCAGGCCACCUCUGCAUGAGUUUAUUCUUGUUGUUAUCGACGGUCAUUAAUGACGUGAUGUGAGUUUCCUUGUACUUUGAAAUGCCUUCCAAAGUGACUCUGGCUUUGUUGGCUAUGUAACCAUUGUUUACCCAUUUUACAGAUGAGGAAACCUAAGCCUUGCUAUUCAUUCUACAUUGCCAGCUAGAUACCCUUGUCCCUCUCAGCUCUGGUUUUAGAACUGUCCUUCUUCCCAACAUUCUUGGUGUCCGCCAAGAGGCAGGAGAGGCCACAGCUGAGGGGACACUCCCCGUCAACACCCAGCCACCUACCUUAUGGCUGCUGCCUCCACCAGCCCUAAGCAGUGAAGCAGGGAGAAAGGGGGGGUGGAUGAAAGGGGCCUUUGUGUCCCUUGCCGGAAAUCUCACCCCCAGGAAGAAAGGUGGGCAGGGUGGCGGGAGGCCUCAAUAGCAUGUGUGUGGGGCAGGGCGUAGUUGCUGAUACAGAGCUCCCCUCCAGGCUUGGCCCACCUGCCAAGUGGGGAGGGAGGUUUCCUCACUCUGCUCUUUCACAUCACAGCAUGGGCUGCUGCAGGGGCCCGGGUUGGGCUUGGGCCCUGAGGUCACAGAGCAGAUGGUUCCAAAUGGAGCACAGGAUGUGUGGAGUAGCCUCUGUCUGCCUCCAACCCAGGACCCGGCCCCCUGAGUUCUGAGUCCACCCGCUCUUACGCCUCUGUGAUGAAUCAGACCUCUUCACCUGUCCAAGCCCCAGCUUCCUCAUCGGCAAGCUGGCUAUGAAGAGGCAAGACUCCUGACUGUGGCCCAUGGACCUCUGAGGAGGCGUCAUAAGUCCGCCCAGCUCCCUGCUUGCUGUGCUCCCACUCAAUGGGAAGGGAAUCAAGGCCUUGUCCAGCCAUCAGCCACGGCCUCUCGACAGCACCAGGAUGGAAGUCAAAGGUCAGCUGAUCAGCUCUCCCACCUUCAAUGCCUCAGCUGCCCUGUUUGGAGAGGCUGUCCCCCAGAUGAAGUCAGAGCGUCUGCGGGGGCUGCUCGACCGGCAGCGGGCCCUACAGGAGGCCCUGAGCCUGAAACUUCAGGAGCUCCGCAAAGUGUGUCUCCAGGAGGCGGAGCUGACUGGCCAGCUGCCCCCCGAGUGCCCGCUGGAGCCUGGUGAACGGCCCCAGUUGGUCCGCCGGCGGCCCCCUGCGGCCCGAGCCUACCCUCCGCCGCACCCCAACCCAGCACACCACUCCUUGUGCCCUGCUGAGGAGCUGGCUCUUGAGGCGCUGGAGCGUGAGGUGUCUGUGCAGCAGCAGAUAGCGGCCGCCGCCCGCCGCCUGGCCUUGGCCCCUGAGCUGAGCAUCGAGCAGCGCCGGCGCCGGCGCCAGGUCCAGGCAGACGCGCUGCGGAGGCUGCAUGAGCUGGAGGAACAGCUUGGGGACCUCCGGGCCCGCCUUGGCCUCCCCGUGCUCCCACCACCGCAGCCCCUACCCCUGUCCACAGGGGCAGUUAUCACGGCCCAAGGAGUCUGCCUGGGCACGCGUCUCGCUCAGCUCAGCCAAGAGGACGUAGUUCUGCACUCCGAGAGCAGCUCCCUGUCAGAGUCUGGAGCCAGCCAUGAUAAUGAGGAGCCUCGCAGCUGCUUCCCUCUGGCUGAGCGCCCCUCGCCGCCCAAAGCCUGGGACCAACUGCGGACAGUGUCGGGGGGCAGCCCUGAGCGGCGAACCCCAUGGAAACCACCACCGUCAGAUCUUUAUGGGGAUUUGAAGAGCCGGCGGAACUCUGUGGCCAGCCCCACCAGCCCCACACGCUCGCUGCCCAGGAGUGCCUCCAGUUUUGAGGGGCGAAGUGUGCCUGCCACCCCUGUCCUCACCCGGGGCGCUGGCCCCCAGCUCUGCAAACCCGAAGGCCUCCAUUCUCGCCAGUGGUCCGGCAGCCAGGACUCCCAAAUGGGCUUCCCCCGGGCGGACCCGGCCUCCGACCGUGCCUCCCUCUUUGCAGCCCGCACCCGCCGCAGCAACAGCUCUGAAGCCCUGCUUGUGGACCGGGCGGCUGGUGGGGGAGCUGGCUCCCCGCCGGCGCCUCUGGCUCCCCCUGCCGCUGGCCCCCCGGUCUGCAAGAGCAGUGAGGUGCUAUACGAGCGCCCCCAACCAACCCCUGCCUUCUCCUCCCGCACAUCCGGCCCCCCAGACCCUCCCCGGGCUGCCCGGCCUAGCUCAGCUGCCCCCGCCUCCCGAGGGGCCCCCCGGCUCCCACCUGUGUGUGGAGACUUCCUCUUGGACUAUUCCCUGGACCGGGGCCUGCCCCGCAGUGGUGGUGGGGCAGGCUGGGGGGAGCUGCUGCCUGCGGCUGAGGUCCCAGGACCCCUCUCCCGCCGGGAUGGGCUCCUCACCAUGCUUCCAGGUCCACCACCUGUAUAUGCAGCUGACAGCAGCAGCCCCCUCCUCCGCAGCAAGGAUCCCCACACCCGUGCUACCCGCACCAAGCCCUGUGGCCUGCCCCUGGAGGCCACUGAGGGUCCAGAGGUGCAUCCCAACCCUCUGCUGUGGAUGCCCCCGCCCACCCGUAUCCCCCCGGCUGGUGAGCGCAGUGGUCAUAAGAACCUUGCCCUGGAGGGGCUGCGGGACUGGUACAUCCGCAACUCGGGACUGGCCGCCGGGCCCCAGCGCCGGCCUGUUCCCCCCCACAUGGGCCCGCAACACCCACCCUUCCUCCAUGCCCGCUGCUAUGAGGUGGGCCAGGCGCUGUAUGGGGCCCCCAGCCAGGCACCGCUCCCGCACUCGAGGAGUUUCACGGCACCCCCUGUCUCCGGCAGAUACUACGCGGACUUCCUGUAUGCUCCGGAGCUGAGCGCUCGUUUAAGUGACCUGACGCUAGAGGGGGAGCAGUCCUCCAGUUCUGACCCCCAGACCCCAGGGACACUGGUCUGACCCCUUCUGAUAUGCUCCUUGUUGGCCUGGGCACGGAUUUAGUCUGGGGAGCACACAGCUGACCUCGCUGAACCCUGGGGUGUGGUUGCUCUCAGUCCUGGGGGGUGCCGAACCUGAUCUUCCAAGGCCCCUGGCACCUUGUGGACCCAUGAAGGUGUCUGACACCCUGUUUCCCCUCUCACACUGUGCUGGGAACUGGGGCCCUCAGCCAGCUUAAAAGAGGGAGGAUGGUGUAAUGGGGACUCUGAGCCCCUUCUUCCAUUUCUGUUUACAUUUGUGAUUUAGAUAUUCGCUGUCUUCCCCCAACGCUAGACGUUUUAUAAAAGGGAAACUGUGAUCUUGUCCUGGUUGGGUUCAUUCCUGUCCCCAUGCCCAGCCUGUUCCAUUCAGGAACCCCCUCCACAAAAUGGAUCAUAUAGGGUCUCAUGGCCCUGUUUGGGGCAGCCAGGAGACUCUGGUGUGAACAGAACCCCCUGCCACCCCCCACCAGGGCAGUUAUUGGGGAGGUGGGCUCUCUGCCUGCAGUUGGAAAGACUGAAGUCUGGGUAGGGGGCUUGGGUUCAUUUUCCUACCCCCAGGGGUGCCGGAAGGAGCCCCAGUCCCUGUCUGCCUGUCUGUGCCCGCUGCCUCUGCCCACAGGACUAGAUGGCCCAGCGUUUGGUGGCAGCCUCUGCCCUAUCUAUCCCCAGUCAGGAAGCCCUGCAGGAGGGGCCAGAGGGCAGAGCCAUCAGGUGUGUUGUGUCCUGGGAUGCUGCGGUGGUGGAAUCUGGCAUCUGGUGGAUGCCAGUAAAAUCCUCAGGUGACGUCUGGCCACAGGCUACGUCACGUCUUCCUUGGCUUUCGUUCCAUCCACCACUUUUUAAAUCUAUACAAGCUGUGUUUUCUAUGAUACCUAUCUGUGACUUUCUGGAGCUGGGGGUCCCCCUACCUCCUUUACCUGGUGUUAAACUUUUCUUUUUCUACCAAUGGACCUGGGCCCAAGACACUACCCACACUGGAAGGGGAUUUCUAUAAUAAAUGUGUAAACUGAA